AUGACCAUUGGAUCCGCUUACGUGACAUAUCCAUCUUUGGUAGGGAUUCUGAAGCCUUUGUUACCUCCUACCAAGAAACCCCUUUGUUGGGUCGCUGUGGGGAUUGAACUUGUGACCCUUCGAACCGUAGACAUGCACACAACACGCGCUUCUAAGCAUUCAAAAAUGAAUAAAUAAAUAAAUAAACAAAAUCCUCAGGCAACCCAUGCAAAACGGAACGCCCACGACGGUGUCGUCCCGUUGCAUCUGUAUUAUUACGAGAGCUGAAUCACCGGAUGAAUCAUUCCGGUCCCGUAGAUUCCCAUGUCGGUUUCGUCGUCGGCUGGUUGGAAAUUCCUUUCCUUUCCCCUGCUCCCCACCCGAUAACCGUUAUUGUUUUUCGACACUGCUUUUCUUAUCGAUUUGAAUGCUUCUCUCAUCGGUUUCUUCUCUCAAAAUUAUUAUGUAUGUAAUUUAGUUAGCAUAAUGAGUGGGAGGGGCAUUAUUAUCUCUAUCAAACGUCUUCGUGGGGUCUUUUAAAAAAAAAGAGUGAGAGCUUUUUCUUUUUCGGAGGAGUUGACUUUUUCGCAUCAGAUUAUAUAGUCAAUGUUUCCCGACUUGAAAGGCGAGGGAGGCGGGGCAGGGGGCGGGACGCGUAGCGUGUGCGUUCGCGGUUCUUGGCACGUGUUCAAUUCAACCGCCAUCUAUUCUUUGGAAAACCCGUUUUUCGCUUUUUUCAUUCCUUUUUCAAUUAUUUAUUGAUCGUGUUCAUGUCUGCAUCAAAAAAUAAUAGAAAACAUUGAAAAAGAGCGGUUGCCGAGCUUUUUAAAUAGUCGGCGAUAAUUGAAUUGAACACGUGCCAAGAACCGCGAACGCACACGCUACGCGUCCCGCCCCUUGCCCCGCCACCCUCGCCUUUCAAGUCGGGAAACAUUGACUAUAGAAAAAUUCAUGAAAGAGUUUAGGGACUCCAGAGUGUUCCCUAUAGGGGCAAUCUUAGAGGCCCUCGAAGGUUCCCUCUAGGGACCACUUUACCUUCCCUUACAGGGACCACUGAAGCAUACAAAAGUUAGAUCUUGGACCCUUAUAAGGGCCAUCUAAGUUUUAAGUGCUUCGAGUGCUUUUUUGUCCCCUAUAGAGGCUGUUUUCACCCCUAACUACUAUAGGGACCACUCUGGCGUUCCAAAGAAAAAUGAAAAAGUUAGCAAAAAACUUCAAUAAAUUCCAAUUCGACUCAAUAGAGUUUGUAAUUUUGUAUAGCCGAUGGAUCCGCCAAGAAUGGCUCAAAGCUUGCUUGAUGUAAGGCGCGCCCGACCUGAAACGACUUACGAGUAGAUGCAUCUGAAAUCGUUAUAGAAGCUUAAAAAUUAGUAUUCAAUCUAACAUUAAUGCAACCUCAAAGCUUUGAGCCAUUCCAAUUGCGACCAAAAAAUUUAAGUCAAGAAAAAUGAAAAUCUUCCUGACUUUGAGCUUAUUAAAACGAAGCUUUUCGUAACGGAUGUCUUUUUUUUUUGGAUUUUUUCCAAUUUUUCUAAUAAAAAAAGUUGUUUUUUUUCUUUCUAGCUUCAUUAUCAAGCCCGUCUUUCGCUCCAAUUAAGUAAUUUUAUCGGAAAUUCCACAAAUUUAUUGAAUUAUUUUCGAAACAUUAGAACUGAGUUCAUUGUGACGCCCACAAAACCAAAACCAAAAACUUUAACCCCUAUUUUGACAGCUCAUUCCGUUUUUAUCAUCCAUCCACCGGGCGAGCAACAAAGUUCCAUGGAAAAGCAAAUAGCCGCAGGCCACAAGCGUCCUAAUACUUCACAUCGCCCUUGGCUGUUCAAAUAUUCGUGUUUUUAUGAUCUUUUUGGACUAGAAAUCGGUUUUUGGAACAAGAAACCCUGUGAAAAACCACUAUUAAUCGCCACUUUAAAUUCUUUUUUUUAAAAUUAUCUACAAUACUCGAAGUAUUUCUUUUAUACAAAUCAAACUUCCUUGAAAAAUUGCAAAUAGGGUCCUCUCCAAGUAUUCUUUGAGGAACUCCUUAAACAGUCACUAGAGUUUUCUUAAUUGGAAGGAAAAUAUUUUGGAUAUUUCCGUCAUUACUAACGCUGCGCCGCAACUUGCGUGGAGCUCCGCCCACUUAUCUCUGCCAGCCCUCCUUUUUGCAGAAAUCGACUUCAUUUUUAUUUUUUUCUCAUUUCUAAAAGUUUCUGCUAUUUUCGAGCCGCUCGAAAAAAAGUAAAGCAACUAUUGAGUGUAAUCUCCGAUAUAUUUUUUGUCCAUGCCACUGUUUUUCCCCGGGCUUUCUCUUCUUUUCUUUCUUUUUGCGUUCGUCCAAAGUUUGGCUGUUUUUUUCUGGUGUGUCUGUUGUUACACAUGAGAAGAAUACGCUCAAGGAAGACUCUUGGCGGAUUUUUGAAGAAGACAACUGACCUCUGGACAAAGAUUUUUAUCUGGAAAAAGAGGGAAAGACUAAUUUUUUUCAAAAAAAUUUUUUUAUUUUUUUCAAAAGACUCGGGAACAUUUUAUUGACUUUCAAGUCACAUGGGAAUUGCCAAAACUCUCGUUUUUUUCAAUAUUUGUUCAGUUUUUCAGACAUCAUGCGCAAAUAAACGCUGUAGAGGGGGUUCAAAAACUGUAUUAUCUAAGAAAUCGAAAUAAUAAAGCCACAAUUCACAGAUUGGGUGAUAAAAAGACCGUGUAAUGUUCUUAUAUUUGCUUUUCGCAUCGAGUCCAAGGCUUCAACACCUUCAUUAUCAACCAGACUGAUAUCGAGUCACGAUUUUUCUCAAUUAUUUAUGAUAAAAAAAUUAGCAAAAAAAUUAAGAGAGAAUAACCUACUGAUAUCACUUAAACAAUUUCUCGGUUGAGUAGAUUUUUAUAUUAGAGUUAAAAAAAUUUUUUUAUACAGUUUUUCGAGCGAAUAAAAGGUCCCCAGAAUGUUGCGUUUCCGGUGUUUUUUUCUCGCCAGAAUCACCAUAUGCAAACAAAAAAAUGAAACCAGAGAGUUUCUGGCUUCUCGCCAAAAAGGAAAAGCGUGUGAGAAAUUUUGACGAUUCCCUGUUGGAUCUCUUUCCGAGUGAGAAAAAAUCAAGAAAAAUGUGAUAGGCUGAAAAAUGUUGAAAAAAUUUUUUUGUUAACAUUUUCGCUUAAAAAAAUAUUUUUUAAAGAAAAAAAUCUCCUAAAAAGAAACUUCUUCCCUUAUUUUUCUUCGUUAUUUUUUUGCCUUUUUUUAAAAAAAUAAAAUGUACUCCGUAAAUCCUACUGGAGUUCAUUCGCGAGCACGCUGACGCAAAUUUGCAGAUUUUUUUCUGAUUUUUUUGAAAAUGAUCCGCUAGAAAUAUUUUUAUUCCGUCAGAGAUUCUUUCGAAGCUUUUUUCACAUUCUCCACAUUCAAUAUUCAAUAACCCAAUUUUUGAAAUUAGUUAUAAAAAAACGCAAAAAAAUAUUUUUCUGUGAGAUGGAAAAAAUCGUACUGAGAAUGACUCGACGCUUUAAUUUUUGAGACGCUCCCGACCCGAAACGACUUGCGCAUUGCUUUAAGCCAUUCAAUUUUUGAAUAUACAUAUUAUUGAGAGAAAAAUUUUAACAAAACUAGGAAAAUCUGAUCUCUGAUGGUAGGGAGUUAAAAAAUUCCUACUCCGUCUAAGUCUCUCUUUCUGUAUUUUAUACCUGAAAAUGAACGGAAAGGACCGUUUUCUCGUGUCGUUUAAUGUUUUAGAACGCUCCCGACCCGAAGCGACUUGCGCAUUGCUACAUCAAAGAGCACUAGAAAAGGUCAUUUAAGUCUCCAGAAGCGACCUUGAAGCUUUUAGCCAUUCAAAGAGCGGUCAUAAGAAUCUAGUAGAAAAAAAAUAAAGAAAAAAGGUUCAAUCAAACUGGGAAAGCUUAAUCUCUAAUGAUAGGAAGCUCAAAAACUUCUUACUCUGUCUAAUUCUACCAUUUUCUAGUUCAAAAGUCUCUCUUCCCACAUAACAAAAGCCAACAAAAAGAAGAACGUUUUCCCAAAAUCACGUGUCUCGUUUUUUUUGUCCGUUCGCGGCACCUUGGCCGUUGCCUUUUCCGUACGUUUCCCGAGGCGAAAUUGUAGGCCGACGGGGCAUUCUUCACUUGACUGGGAGGCCUCCUCCUUGUUUGCUUGUUUGCGUUUGGCGUCGAUUCUCUUCUGUGUCGUUCAGGUACCGCUGCGGCCACACUCGCCAUGUCGUACAACCACAACCAGUACAAUUAUCAGGUACUUAAUUAGCUUCUUUUGAUCAGCUGGGCAAGUUUCGAGAUUUUAGGCUUUUGGUGGUUAUUCGGAGGAUUUUUCAUAGCCAGAUUUGAUCAAAAUAGAUCUUUUCAGAGAGGACUUGUGAGCUCAUAACGCGAUCUUUUGACAUAAUUUUCCCUGACUUGCCGUAGAUCCAAAUACCGUAAAUCCUUGAUUUCUGAUUUGCCGGAUUUACCGUACAUUUAGAUACCGUAAAUGGUUGCUUUCUAAUUUACCGUAGACCUAGAAAACGUAGAUCGUUGAUUUCUGAUAUACCGUAGAUCUAUAUACCGUGAAUGAUUGCAUUUUAAUUUACCGUAGACCUAUAUACCGUAAAUCAUAUUCUGUUUUACCAUUCUGUUUUACCACAGAUCUUCGAUUUCUGGCUUACCGUAGAUCUAGAUAGCGUAAAUAGAUUCUUUCUAACUUACCUGAUUUUAUCCAAUCUUCUUGCGAUUUUUCAAGACUCAAAUUUCGAAGAUUCCCAGAUCUUGUCAAAAAAGAGCAUUAAGAAGGAUUUGGUCGUUAAAAAUUUGAACAUUUUUCGAUUUUACUGCUAUAAUGAGCUCAGUUUUGAUCUGAAAUCAUAUGCAACGUAAUUCAUUUUUAUUCAAUUCCAAAAACCUCUUCGAUUUUAGCUCGUUUUUGUCUUUAUCCUGUUUUUUUUUUCAAACUAGUUGUCUUUUUCGAAAAUUUCUUUCGAGUUUGUCUUCAUAUUUUUUUUCAUAUUUCUUCCAGCUCUUCAGAUCACUGAUUAGUCUCCAAGGUCAUUUUUGAAUUGUAUUCCUUUCAAAAUUUUGAUCCAACCUUUCGCUGUUUUGAGCUUAAAAAUUAAAUUUACGUUUUUAUCAGUGAACUCGUCGGUUAUAACUCCCCUUACAAAGCUCAUUUCAAGUUUUAAGGAGCCUUGGAACCACAAAAGUUCUCUGAAAACUUUUCUUUUGUGCUUUUCGAAACUUUUACUAACCGGUUGCGGCGAGCCGACUGUACAAAUAAACUUGGCUCGGGGUUAAACUUUUUUGAUGUUUGCUUCUUUUUGAAGAAACUGGUAGGAAAACCUUUUUAGUAUAGACUCAGAAGCUGGAAACUAAGAAACUUUUGAAUUGAUCAUAUAUUUUCUUUCCAUUUUCUGAAGCAGAAGCAUGAAGUCGAAAGUCCAAAAUUUAAUUAGAAUGACUGGUUCGCAAAAUAGGAAAAAAAUCCGGUUUUUUUAUUUAUUAAAAUAGAAGUUUUUCUCUCACAGAAUAAAUGUGAAAUCAAAUGGAAAAGCUUCGCUAGUUCAAAAGUUUUAUAAAAAAAUGGUCGAAAACUGUCAUUUUUUGAAUAUUUUGAGACGUCAGCUUUCCAAGCUUUAAAGGGAGAUAAAAUGAACUAUCAUUAAAAAAAAUAGAAAUAGAAAAGAAACCGUAACUUGCUGAAACGAAUCAAUAAAAAUCAAUCAAUAUCGUUGAAAUUUUCAGAUAGCAGUGAUAUUUGCCAUUUUGAUCGGAGGAUGUCUUUUGCUAGCCGGCGUUGUUGGAGGGAUCUACUUUAUGUGUGUAAAUACGGUGAGUCUUAUCCUUCAACUUUCCUUUUUAGUAACUUUAUUCGCUGUAUGUUGAAUAGUCUGUUUAAAAAAAUCCUUGCUGUAAAUUUAAAGGAGCAUAUACUUAUUUAAAAAGAGCCUUUAUAACCGACAGUUUUCCACUUGAUUCUAUAUUUGUUGGUCUGUUUUUGCUGUGAAUUUUAAAGGAGCAUAGACUUGUUUAAAAUAAGGGUCUCAUAGCUAAAAGCCUUUAAAUUUUCCUUAAAAUCAAUGCGUUUGAUAAAGUUGUUGCUGAAAACUUAAAGGAGCAUAUAUUUAUCCAAAAAAGGUCUUGCACCGAAGAGCCUUUAACAUGAUGAUUUUCCUUGAAACUGUGAAUUUUAAAGGAGAAUGUACUAUUUUCUCGAAAAUUCUUGAGGCUUUGAGCUGUUUUCUGAUCUUGUAAGCUUCAAAAAUCGCAGCAAGGAUUUUUGAACAUACUUUUUUUUUGUAAACCACAUUCCAUUGACCUCAAACUUCCAAGACAUUUUACUUGUUCCCGGGAUAAAAACCAAGGAAAAGUUUGUGAAACAUGUGUCGCUCUGGAAUCGUAAAGCGAAAACGAUCGAUAAAUAUGAAUUGCAUGCUGUUUGCUUUUGUUCAUCUCGGCCGGGAGCUUCGGACCGUUGGAAAGGGAGGUCGGGCCUUAAUAGAAAACAAAUAUUCGCUCCAUGGGCGACUCUCCUCAAACAGCUCCUUCUCGUGAACUGUGGCGGAAGCGGCAGAACAUGAAGAAGAACACCGCGCGGGGAUUAGACCUGCUUCAAUGCCUUUUGCUGUUUCCUUAGUAGUUUUGGACGAGAAGAGAAUGUUUGGAGGUUUAAGGGUCAGUUAUAGCCGAUCAAUCCCGACUUAAAAUGCGAAAUAAAGAGAAUGGCAAGGGGACGCGUUGCGUAUGCGUUGCGGUUUCUCGGCGGGAAAUUUGAGAUCAAACGCGAACCGCAUUUUCUGCUAUUUGUCCGUAUUUUUUUGGAGAUUUUCCCGAUUAUUUAUAAAUUUAAUGGUAUUGAGAGAAUUUGGUUGAAUGAUCGAAGUUUAAAGGAACGUAUAGUCAAUUUUUCCCGACUUGAAAGGGGAGGGAGGCGGGGCAAGGGGCGGGACGCGUAGCGUGUGCGUACGCGGCUCUUGGCGCCAGUUCAAUUCAAUUGCCGCCGACUAAUUAAAAAGCUCGGCAACCGCUCUUUCUCUGUAUUUUCUACUCAUUUUCGAUGCACAAGUUAACAUAAUCAAUAAAUAAUUAAAAAAAUAAGAGAAAAAGAGCGAUAAAUGAGCUCUCUGAAUGCUCGCUGGCGGUUGAAUUGAACUCGUGCCAAGAGCCGCGAACGCACACGCUACGCGUCCGCCCCUUGCCCCGCCUCCCUCCCCUUUCAAGUCGGGAAACAUUGACUAUACUUGAUUAUUGAAUGAUGAAAAAAAAUAUUCAAAGUGUAAGAGUUUUUUUGAAGAUGGUAAUAUAAAAAUACAAUGGGAAGGUCAAAAAGGUGUGUCAUCGAUAAAAAAUACAAAAUAGAUUCAUCAUGAAUAUGUUAUAAAUCUUUUCAGAUGCGUGACGACGACAAGAAAAGAUUACAGUCUGGGAGGAAUUCAGCAUCAAAUUGGCCCACACAGGCGCCUUCCUACACCGCUUCCUACAGGUUUUUUUAAAACUAUUAUUAUAAUUCAAUCUUUUAAACAACUUUUUUUCUCUUUUUCAAAAUUAAGAUUGAAUCUUGAGAUAUUUUAUAAAUCCUUAUAGUCGAAACGCACCAAAACGUACGAAUCUGCGUCUAAAUCAAAAAAACGUGAAGUCUUUUUCUGAAAAUGAAUUUUUCUCUAUUUAUAAGUAAAUCCAAACUUUAUUUUUCUCAUCCCAUUAUCUUUUCUUUUUUCAAACAACGACAUAAAUCAUCAAUAAUAACGUCAAAAGCUCGAAAAAAAGAACAUUUGUCGAGGUUUCUGGAGUUGAGAAAUGACUGAUUGUGACAAGGGUUAUAUCAUUUUUUGCACAGAUUUUUUCGGUUUACGAAAGUUGGAGAUUUGACUUUUAUCGUCAAGGAAAGUGAGAAAAUCAAUUUUUUGUUUUAGAAUGCCUCUAGGUUCCUAUAUGCGAGCUUGAUAUAACCAAUUAGAACCUAAAAAUUAUCCCCUCGAUCUUUACAAAGUCAAAAUUUUUUUCUUGUGCUUUUUAAAAAAAUCGAUCGAAAAAAACUUCCCAUAUACUUUUUAGGCUCGAGUAAAAUGUACUAAAAACUAUCAAAAAGACUCUGAUAAUUUUUUUCAAUUUUUCUAAAAACAUGUUGUUGAAGUCUUCUGAGUUUAUAAAUCGUUCUACAAAAGGUCUAGAUCUAGAAAAAGUCCUGAGUUAUAACGAAAUCUGAUAAGACUCCUUUCUGAAUAGAGAAAAAUUCUCUAGAAAUGGUUUGAGAAUUUCCAAUAGGUUUAGAAAACUUUUUAAACUUCCUGAUAGAAUUGAAAGUUUCUGUGAUACUGUUAGAUGUGGUUAGACUCACCCGAACAGUGAGAAAUAAACUUUAGGUUUCUCAGACAUUUUUGAAAAUCAGUAUGUUACGGUCCAAAGGUCUAUAAAUCCAAAAACCCGAUCCAAUUUCCAGAGGCCGCGGACCAUCACCCACUCCUUACAAUCCAGUGCCUGCGGCGGCGAUCGUCGGUCCGCAGAGUUACCAAUUCGACGAGGUCCGCUCCCCGAUGACGCCCGUGGUCGCCCCGCAGAACAUCUCUUCCUACACCCCGAUUCCGUCCGCCGCCGGCGGCUACAUCCCACAGUACUCCCAAGUUCCUCUGGUGGCCCCCAACGGCCAGGAAUACAUCACCUCCAGCGUCAUCCAACAGCCCCAAACUGACGUUAUUUAUACUCAGGUAGGAUCGGUUAUGAAGAUUUGUAUUGAGUUUGAAACUGAGAAGGAAAAUGAGUUUUUUAAAAAUUGAGGUUAAUAAGCCCGAAAGUCUCAAAGAGAUGUAUUUGAAUUUGUCUCCGGUAGAUAUAUAAUAAUAAUGUUCGAAAAGGAAUGAGUAUAAUAAAUUGAAAAAUGAGCCCAAAAGCUUCAACCUGACGUCAUUUAAACUUCAGUAAGCUUCGUUGAUAAAGAAUAUCAAAAUUAUAAAGAGAGUAAUGCGUUUCGUAAUGAAAAAGAAAGAUUAGGUGAAGAAUAAUAAAACCGAAAUUUUGUUUUUUAUUAACUUUCAAAAAGCUCCGUCAAUUUUUUUAAUGAAAAUGAUCUCAAAAAUUGACCCUGACUCCUCUUUUAUGUACCAGAGAAAAUUUAACAGUUUCAACCUGGAAAAAAAUCCUAGUUUUUUUAUAAGAAUAAAGAUUUUUCUGAAUGGUACAAUUUUUCCUUAGAAAAAAAUCCCUUUUUUUAAACAACUUUCUAGUUACCUUGAUCAACUAUUCAACUUUUUUUAAAUCAUAGAAUACAUUUCGAAUGAUAUACAAUAUUGAUUGUUCAUAUUUCAUUUUUUAGUCAUUUCAUUAAGCUUUCGUUUUGAUGAGUUGAGAAAAUAAUGAAUGAAUUGAGAAAAAUUUCGGGUUUCUUUUUUGAUAUUUGCAGUUUCAGGAGACGUUUUUAAGAUCAUUUCAUUUCUAUAUUUUGAUCAAUGCUAUUCUGUGUUUUUAAAAUUGUUCUUUGAAGAUUUUUUAUUUCCCAUUUGUUAACUUCAUUUGAUUCUUACGCAAAAUACCCAAGAUGUCUUGUCUUUUUAUGCAGUCCCGUCAGAAAAUAUAAAAAAAGGACUGUUUUUUGUUUAUGACGGUCUUGUAUGGAAUUUGAUCUUCCUGAAUCCUUCUGGAGUUGUGGAAACUGUUAUUUAUGAAACUCUGGUGGAAUUUCGGUUUGCAGAAAAAACGCAGCUUUAUAGAGUUUCCAAAAUAUUAAGCUCCAUACAAGGAAAUCGUGAGCAAAAAUGGUUUUUGUAAUUUUUCUGACGCUACUGUAUUGGAAAAUUUUUUGCAAGCUUCUACCUUUAUCGUUGAUGAUUUUGAAGGGACCCAGCCGGAUUCGUCCAGCAACGUCCGGUGGAAUACGUCGUCCAACAAACGCCCGCCGCCGGAUUCCAUCAAUCUUCCGUUUAA